AUGAAGCUCUCUCUUCUCGCUGCUGCGGCCAUCGCGCCCCUGGCAUCCGCCCACUACUUCUUCGACACCCUCGUCAUCGACGGUCAGGAAAGUAGCCCCAACCAGUACGUUCGUUCCAACACCCGGCCCGAGAAGUACAACCCGACCAAGUGGAAGGAGACCCGCGAUGACAUGACCCCCGACAUGACCGACUUCCGCUGCAACAAGGGCGCCUUCGAGUCCGCCGGCCAAACCGAGACGGCCGAAGUCCAGGCUGGAUCCAAGCUGGCCAUGAAGCUCGGUGUCGGUGCCACUAUGCAGCACCCUGGUCCUGGCCUUGUGUACAUGUCCAAGGCCCCCGAUGCUGCUAACCAGUAUGAGGGUGAAGGCGACUGGUUCAAGAUCCACGAGGAGGGCAUCUGCGACACCAGCAAGGACAUUAAGACUGAUGCCUGGUGCACCUACGACAAGGACCGCAUCGAGUUCACCAUUCCUGCUGACGUUCCUGAUGGAGAGUACCUUAUUCGCCCUGAGCACAUCGGUGUCCACGGAGCGCAUGACGGACAGGCUGAAUUCUACUACGAAUGUGCCCAGGUCAAGGUCACCGGCGGUGGCAACGGAUCUCCGGAGGCUACUAUCCAGUUCCCCGGUGGCUACAAGAAGGAUGACCCCUCGUUCAACUUCAGCGUCUGGGGCGGCAUGAAGGAUUACCCUAUGCCCGGUCCUCCUGUCUGGUCUGGCUCCGGCUCUGGAUCUAGCUCUAGCUCUGGAUCUAGCACUGCCUCUGCCUCUGCCCCCGCCUCUGCGUCUACCUCUGCCGCUGCUUCUAACGGGGGCAAUUCCGGCUACACCGGUGGCUGGCCCCAGCAGCAGCAGGGUGGUGAUGCUGGCUAUGCCGGUGGCUGGCCUCAGCAGCAGGAUGCCGGUAAUGCUGACUACGCCGGUGGCUGGCCCCAGCAGAAGCAGGCCAACACUUGCGACAGCGGCGCCUACCAGCGUCGUCAUGUUCGCGACUUCGCCCAGUGA